AUGUAUGAACAAAAGUAUCGUCAAGAUUCCGACUUAAGUUCAGAUGAAGAUGGACUUCCAACUUCACGGAGACGUAAGAAUGAUGUGGGUGUGACCUCUCCUCCUCCCCCUCCACCUCCACCUACAAGCAGCGUUCCUGCAUCCCCUGUAACGCUACGAUCACAGAGUGGGACUCUUGUAUCUAGAGAAAUGUUCAAUACUGUGAAUUACAAAACAGCACGAUCGUCAGAACUGCGUGCUAUCUUGGCACGAGCUCGCGAAAAAGCAGAAGAUACAGGUUCACACCUUGGUUCAGAACGGUCUUCUGGAGGUGGACGGCAAAGACCUGCGCUUCAGGGAAUUGAUCCAAGACAAAAGCCGUAUACAUCUUCUGAUAAUUCAAGUCUGGGUAUGGGGGACGAUGAGUCAGAUGGUUCAGAAGAUACGAGCAACAGUUCACAUUUUGGUGAACUUCUGAAGGAUCAACUUCACAAAAUGCAAAACAAGAAAUGACUGCUGUAAUACGUUUCACAGAUUAUAUUUAAGUCACUGAUUGCCUAAUACUGGCUUAUUAGUUUAAUUACUGAUGACUAUGUGUAAUGUAUUACACAGUGAACAUGAGGAAAGGAAACACAUGCCCUUAUAGACAUAAUGUAUGUUCCGUUCAAGAGUGAGUUUGUUUCUAAUAGGCAAGAUGUGAUGAGAAUUGAAACCCUGUUUAAGGCACCCAACAUUUUUAAAGUUACACAAUUAAGACUUGCUACUAACGUAAUUUUGAAAAUAGUACACUGCAAGUGGUUUCAUAUAUUGCUUGAGGAGAGUUCUGUAUUUUGCAACAGUGUUGUUCAUGUAUAGAAAUGUAAUACAAUAUUCACAAUAAACUCGUUCUUUCCAAAUUCCCGGCACAAAUAGCAUUUACAAGAUCAAUUAAUUUUGAACUACAUAUAUUCCCCAGGAAGAAGAACUUCUUGUACACACUGAAAACUUCUGACACCACUUUAUUUUUAUUUUAUCAAAUAGCUUCUUCUAAUUAAUGAUUUUAAUUACAUGAUAUGUAGUUUGAAUUCAUAAAUUUGGUCAUUAUUAUUUAAAAUAUAUCUUUUAUUUAUUUUAGAAUAAUUUUGUCAUCAGUCUAUAACAGUUUCAUUGAUUUCUUAUGUCAAGACAACAGUCGGUAAUAAUACACUUGAAUCUGGCCUCACUUAGAAGUGUAGCCUUGCUUUAUGAGCCACAAUGCAAGAAGGAAUAAUUGAUCCUUCUUGAGAAGUGAAUAAAUGAAACCAUUUCAUUAGAAGUUUUCAAAAUGUACCCUACUUUUGUGAUUGAAAGAAAUUCAAUCCUUGAAAAGACAGCUUUUAACAGUACAUAAACAAAA